AGGGCUGAUGCACAAGUCGUUUGCCCAUCCGAGGCCAAACCCCAACCCCUUUCCUCCGUGUAACUUCUGCCCCAAACGCCCUCACAACACCUUCCAGAAUUUCACACUGUCCCUACAGCCCUCGACUCGGAGCCGGAGUCUCCAAACAGGAAGUGCAAUGGGCUGCCCCUUUAAGUGAUAAGGGAAGAUACAAGACAAAGCUCUGCCCCCUGCUGCAAAAAAGAAAACAUUACAAGGUGAAGACCAGAGAGGCCCCUGACACCACACUAGACAAAAGCACCGCUGCCGGCUGUGGGCGGCUCUGAUGCGGGCAGGUAGCAGCAUCCUCUCCGGCGUCCAGACGUGAAUGACGAGGGCCGGUGGCCAACAGGGAGGGGUCCUUUGAUAUCAGGGCUGCCUCCUCCUGGAUGGAGCCCGGCUGUGUGCAGGCAGCGAUGGCCAUGGGAGAUGUCUCGAAAAAAGCGUCGGUUCGUAACGUGGCGGUGGAGCGAAAAAACCUCAUCACCGUCUGCAGGUUUUCAGUGAAGACGCUGUUAGAGAAAUACACAGCCGAGCCCAUAGAUGAUUCAUCCGAGGAGUUCAUCAAUUUCGCAGCCAUCCUCGAACACAUCCUCAGCCACCGCUUCAAAGGCUCCGGCAGCUGGUUUGAUGGUCAGAGGAGUUUCUGGGACUAUGUCCGACUGGCCUGCGCUAAAGUCCCCAACAGCUGCAUCAGCAGCAUCGAGAGCAUGGAGAACAUCAGCACCUCUCGAGCCAAGGGGCGAGCGUGGAUCAGAGUCGCCCUGAUGGAGAAGAGGCUGUCUGAAUACAUUGCUACUGCUCUGAGGGACAGCAGAACGACCAGGAGGUUCUAUGCAGAAGGAGCCAUCGUGUUAAGAGAGGAAGCCACAGUCCUAACGGGGAUGCUCAUAGGUCUCGGAGCCAUAGAUUUUAGUUUCUGUCUGAAAGGGGAGGCAUUGGAUGGGAAAUCUUCUGCAGUUAUUGACUUCACACCGUACUUGAAAUUCACACAAAGUUAUGAAUACCUGAGUGACGAUGACGAUCGACAGAGUGUUGACAGCAGCACGAGCGACGACAGCGUCCCCGACCACCCCUACAUCCCGCUGCUCACAGACGAGGAGAGCUGGAGCACAAAGUGUCGCAAGAUGGAGCAGAGGUUCAAGAUCGUCAAUGCUCAGAAGGGUUAUCUGGAGGAGCUUGUGCGCCUGCGCGAGUCGCAGCUGAAGAACGCAGAAACAGAGAACAAGAGGCUAAAGGCCCGACUGGAGGAGCUACAGAGCCACAGUACACAAGAGAAGAAGGACCUGGAGGCCAUAGUCCUGGAGCUACAGGAGCAGCUGACAAGCUUGAUUCCAUGUGACUCCAACCACCUGGACAAAAACCUCUCAAUCCCUCUGGUCAACCAGUGGCCCACACUUCAGCCAUACAGCAGCCAGGACGACGUCAAGCUGUUCCGCAGGAGGAGUUUCCCCAGCACAGAGCUGCUGUCAGUGGAAAUCAGCCUGGAUUCAGACUCACAGAGGACUGAGGGGAAACAGAAUGGAGCCUGGUGCACAGGAAAGGACUACACCCCCUCCAUGAUGGGCCUGUGUGGGUCCUUGGCGUCCCUCCCGAGCUGCAAGUCUCUGGCGAGCCUCAAGUCCAGCGAGUGCCUGGUCAACAUCAGCACAGAGAACAGUCCUGCCCUCUCUCCCAGCUAGGGGGCGCCAAAGAAACAAUGCCGACCCUCUAAACCGGCACUGAGACAAUUCAACAUGAAUACAAAAAGACUACUUUUGGUAGGUGGACAAAUGCUCUCUUCUGUGGCCCUUAGGUGUUACCCUUAUGCUCUGAGCCCGGCACUGUCUCAACCUACACCUUUAAAGUGAAAGAGUAGCCUCCCUGUCUGGGACCGUCCAACAAAGAUGCAAGAAUAGCUGCUGUACUGCCCGACGGCCUUCUGCAGUUUCACUGUCUCUAAAUGUCUUGACAUGAUUAAGCCUCCUGGAAUGCAAACAACCGAUUCAUGUUUGACCUUUCUUACAUCAUGAUGCUUGAUUUUGUGCAAUUACAGUCACGUCUGUACCGGUCACAGUUAUCGCUGUAGGGUUGUCCUGUAUGUACUUGUCCAUUUGUCUGUGUCUCAUCAGUCUGUCAGUGUGUCUUCUUCUGCCUCUUGCAAAAUUCUGGCAGUGCAGGGUGGAUAUAAACUUUACAGGAACAAAAACAAUGUUUUGCCAUAUUAUAUUACACUAUUACAGCAGAGAUAAAAACAGAGGGUUUUAUAAUGAAGAUUAUUUGGAAAUUAACAGAAGCAGCUUUAUGAUAUUAGGACAAGUGACAGUUUAAGCCUUAUUCAAUCAUUCAGUAGGUUAGAUGCAGAUUUUAGGAUGUUACAUUAAAAAGAACUUCAGGCUGCCGAGGUUUGCAGAGGCACAACAAUGUGAACAGAAAAGAAACAGACAUAAUAUCUAUUGCAUACAGAUGCAAAGUGCAUUGUGACUAUGCAGAAUGAAUGUUUUCAUUGUCUUUUUCUACAAACCUGGCUUGACUGAGUAGUUUGAGCAGGAGAGAAAUAGUGAAUGUGCAACGUGUGUGUGCGUGUGUGUCAUUAGAUUCUUUUUUUUGGCUUCAUUUUUUUUCACCUCUUCUUUUUAUAUUUGAAUUAAUUUCAUGACAUACUUACUUUUAUCAUUUACCAUCAUGUAAAUUGCAGUCUCAUGCAGUGUUGUUGAGAGCUGGAAUGCAUUGUGUAAUUUAAAACUGCAAUAAAAACUGCCUUUUUUUGAAACCUUAAA